AUGGCGCAACAACGAGUCAACAUGCAUAUUCCCUCGCAUCCACCCGUUCUAGAUAGUGUGAAACUCCGCAAUAUCCAGCUUCCACUACCAUCAGCCCCAGACCCCUGGCACCGUCCCGAAAAAGCCCAGCCCUGCACCGCGUCGCUGAAAUUAUCGUACUCAUCCGCCGUCGCAGCCGCCAUCGCUGACGAUGUCUCCCUCUCUCUCGACUACGGAAAACUUUACCGUCGCCUCGAGGAGGACAUCCGUCAUAUGGGACAACGGGGAGAAGCUCCGGGACAGCGCAUGAUCAGCGUGGAGGGCAGUCGACGCGAGGAGAUGCUGCGGAAAGAACUCGGGCAGGACGUACGUCUGACGGCCGGCAUCGUCGCCAGCUGCGGCCUGGGACUUUUGGACGAAACGGCUGCCGGUGUGCGACGGAUGUCCCACCUGCACCAAGCCGUCCGAAGAGGCAGCGGCUCAGGAGAUCAAUCUGGCUCCGCGAACUUCAACUUCAGCCCCCCGCGUCCGCCGGGCUCGCCCAUCGAGAGUGUGUAUGGCGAGUGUGAAGUCUGGUUGCAUCUGCCUAAGGCAUUGCUCCGGGCUGACGAAGGUCUGAAAUACCGUAGCGUCACCGUGUGGGGAUAUAAGCAGGCAGGUGAAGGGCCUUCCGGCGAGGCCGACGAGUCCGAAAGAUGUCCGGUAGUCCUCGAAGAGGAGUUCCGAAUUGACGGGAUUCGAUGCUACUGCAUCCUGGGAGUCAACUCCCACGAGAGGGUGGAGAAGCAGGCGGUGAUCAUCUCCUUAGAGUUCAAGGGUCCCGGUCAACUGCCCUGGGGCUCGACAGUGGUGGACACUUAUCAGGCGAUGACGAGGGUUGUUGCAGAGCGAGUCGAGGCCACGUCGUUCCAGACUGUCGAGGCGUUGGCGACCUUCGUGGCGCGCGUUGUGACGGUAGAGUUCUUAAACAAGCGCGUGACUGUGAGGGUCGAGAAACCUAGCGCUCUUGCCUUCGUGGAGAGGCGAGGCUGGAUCCAGCUGAACCUCCAACUUUUUGUUUCUCGUCCUGCUUUCUUCCUCUUCCUCUUCCCUCCCCCACCGUUUGAUCGGGAAUAUCACUCCGAAUCACCCUUCACCACUUUCUUCUCUGGGUUCCCCAGUUUGUCUGAAUUCCAUCUUGAACUCCUGUCCGGCCGUUUCUCUAUGUGCCUGUCUGCGCCCACGCCCUCAUCGUCCGCUUACGUUAACUCCGUUGGCUGCCUUGCCGACUCCUCCGCAUUCCCCCGGAUCGUGAAUACCGACUCGACACUUGCUAUCACUCGCGGACCUUCCGCGCUGGCUGGCUCCUCGGUUGCAUAUACUCAGCCGUUGGGACCCUCCCUCAACGGGGUGAUCUGGCUAGGGGUUCAUGGUCCGUCCUGA